AUGCUCGAGUUCAUGCAGACCGUCGAGAGACUCGAGGCCCUGAAACGAUCCCAGGAAUCAACAGCAGCCGUUGGAUCAUCAGGACAACCGGAAGGAAGCUCAGUUCCAACCGUUAGAUCCACACCACAAGCCAGCUCCACCGUCGAUCUCCCCGCGGAUUUCGACCCGUUCGCCAGCCCUGUGGGCCAGUUCAUGCGCGGCGUGCUGCGAUUCUCCAAGAUCCUGGUCGCAGCAGUCAACGGGCCCGCCAUCGGGAUCGGCGUGACGCUCCUUCCGCACUGCGACCUCGUAUUCGCCGCGGAUUCCGCCACGUUCUGGGUGCCUUUUCUCCGCAUCGCGCUCGUUCCCGAGUUUGGCUCGUCCGUCACUCUCCCGCAGCUGCUUGGUCGACCCCUGGCGAACGAUCUCCUGCUGACGUCGCGGGUGCUCACUGCGGACGAGGCGUGCAGAAACGGUCUUGUUUCGAGAGUGUUCCCAGAUGCGACCCUUCAGAGUGACGUGCUGGCGAUUCUCUCCGACAUCCAGCAGCAGGCUCUCGUCCAACAGUCCCUCCCCAUCUUCAAGCGCAUGCUGCGCCAGCCACUGGGUGACUCAGCGCCACGACAGCCUGACAUGGAGGCGGUAGUGGCGGAGGAGCUGCGGCAGCUGGCUCGGAGACAGAUGGCAGGGGAGACAGGUUAUGCUAUGGCAGGGGAGAUGGGGUAUGGUGUGAGGGAGACCAUGAAGGCCAUGCGAGCUGCCAAGGGGAAUGGCAAGGCAGCUGGGUCUCGAAGCAAGCUGUAG